CGGCGGAGUCGCGGACGCGCUGACACCGCUACCCUGGGGGACGUGGGACUUUGUUCUUUCGCUUGGCUGUUGCUUGCCGUACUGUAGCAUCACACUGGAGUCGGGGUCCUCACAAUAAUUGGAAAGUCAGUUUGCCUUCUAUUUACAGCCGAUUUCCGUGUAUAAAGACGAUGAGGUUUCCCACGAUAGAACAGACUUGAGAGAAGCUCUUCAGGCCCAGUCAUCCAGUCUCGUCUCCCAGCCCACAGCCACCCCUUCCCAACAACGCCAACACCAACCGCCAAGAUGCAGUUCUCCGUCGUCCUCGUCUCCCUCUUCGCCCUGGCCGUCUCCGCCGCCCCCGCCGAGAUCCAGAAGCGCUCCACCACCUGCGGCAGCACCACCUACUCCACCGCCCAGGUCAACGCCGCCUCCAGCGCCGCCUGCACUCACGUCAAGGCCGGCACCGUCGCCGGCAGCUCCACCUACCCCCACCGCUACAACAACUACGAGGGCUUCGACUUUGACGUUACCGGCCCGUGGUACGAGUUCCCCAUCAAGACCAGCGGCGUCUAUACCGGAGGCUCUCCCGGUGCUGACCGUGUCGUCAUCAACGCUUCUUGCGGCCAGGCUGGCCAGAUCACCCACACUGGCGCCAGCGGCAACAACUUCGUUGGCUGCUCCGGUACCUCCUAAAUGCUGGAUGAGAGGACUUUGUUGGGAUUGGGAGGGGUGUGGUUAUGAAAAGGUCGGAGGGCCUGUUUAUGGGUUAUGAAAAUUCACUUCUGCACAUACUAAGCCUUUUGAACGUACAUAACUGUCAAAAUUCUACGCUUUGAUGUCUUAGCAGUCUUCUCAUCGUGACAUGGUCCUGGCAACGUAACGACAACAAAAUGAUGCAAGUAUUUGGGCAC